AUGGCCACCUCUACCGAGCCGGAGGGCGCGUCACCCGCGGCUAAGGGGACUAAAGGAGAGGCCAACAGGAAGGGGAGCAGCGAACAGGGAGAGGGGGGCCAGGGAGGCGCAGGUAGCAGCUGCGGCGGCGGCUGCCAGAAGCGGAAGAAGAAGGUGGUCUUCAUCUACGGCAACUACAAGAACUACUACGGCUACCGGAUUGACCGUAAUGUUGGUGAAGAUCCUCGCCUCGAGGUGUUCAAGAAGCAGUGGUUUGAAAACAAGGAUUGUCUCGAUAUUGGAUGCAACCAGGGUUUGGUAACGAUUGGCUUAGCCAUGAAAUUUAAUUGUCGAAGCAUUCUUGGAGUUGAUAUUGAUUCAGGUUUGAUUGAGACUGCUAAGUGGAACCUACGAAGGAUAAUGCGGCAGGAUAAGGUGGCUAAAAAAAACGUGAAAGCUCAGGAAUUGUCAGAUUCUCCUUCUCAGAGCUCUCCAGGAGAAGUGGCAUCUGAAUUAUCAAAUGGGAACAGGCACCAAAAUCUUUUUAAAAUUCUCUCUUUUCGACGCGAAAAUUUUGUAGAGAGUAUGGAUGGAUGUUCAGAACAGUAUGACACCAUACUCUGUUUGAGUGUGACAAAAUGGAUCCACCUGAACUGGGGUGAUGAUGGCCUAGUUACUUUGUUCGUGAAGAUCUGGAGGCUUCUUAGACCGGGAGGUGUUUUUAUCAUGGAGCCUCAACCAUGGAGUUCAUAUAAGAAUAACAGAUUAGUUUCAGAGGUUGCCAAAGAAAACUUCAACACCAUCUGUAUAUACCCAGAGACAUUUCGGGAGAUUCUUCUAGACAAGAUUGGAUUUAGGUCAGUAGAGUUGAUUGCGGACAGAUUUGUGGGUACCGUCAGUGGUUUCAACCGCCCAAUAGAAGUUUACCACAAAUGA